AUGUACUCAAGAUUUCAAACCUUAGUCUCUAGACUACAAAUACUGAAAAUAAGCUAUGUUGCUUCUGAUCAUGUGAGGAAGAUACUAAGAAGCUUGCAUGCUAGAUGGAGACCUAAGGUUACUGCUAUUGAUGAAGCUAAAGAUUUAAACACUUUAAGUGUUGAAGAUCUUGUCAGCUCUCUCAAGAUUCAUGAGGUAAGUCUAAAUGAACAUGAACCUGCUAAGAAGAGUAAAUCCAUUGCUCUACCAUCUAAAGGGAAGUCAUCAAAAGCGCUUAAAGUUAUUGAAUCUGAAGAAGAGUCACCUGAUGGAGAUUCUGAUGAAGAUCCAACUAAGAAGAUGGCUAUGCUCUCCAACAAGCUUGAGUAUUUGGCAAAGAAGAAUAGGAAGUUUAUGAGUAAGAGAGGUGGUUACAAAAGCUCCAAGAAAGAAGAUCAGAAGGGAUGCUUCAACUGUAAAAAGCCUGGACAUUUUAUUGUUGAUUGCCCUGAUCUUCAGAUGGAGAAAUUAAAGUACAAGUCAAAGAAAUCAAGCUUCAACUCAAGAAAAUUCAGGAAGCAGAUUAAGAAGAGUUUAAUGGCAACCUGGGAAGAUUUAGAUAGUGAAUCUGGGUCUGAAAAGGAAGAAGCAGAAGAUGAAGCAAAUGUAGCUAGAGGGUUAGUGGCUACAGUGACAUCAGAAGCUGAACCUAACUUAGAAUCUGAAGAUGAAAAUGAGGUAUACUCUAAAAAUUUCCACAGAAGAACUUAUUGA